CAAGUUUCAAUUCCGCAAACAGACCUGCUGAUGAACGCCCUCAGUCUGCGCAAAUGCACUUAAUCCCAUCUUUCUUGUUUGUUUUAGUUCUUUUCCAGCUCCGUUCUGUUUUUACAUUUUUGUUUCUUGGAUAGCGGAACGCAUCAGUUUAGUGUGUAAUCCUCGUGUUUAUGUUGGAUCCAUCACUAAGUUGGUCUGCAAUGCGCCUAAUCAGAGGGGGAGAAUUGCGCCAGGCUUCUUGGUGAGCUGAAACUUUCUUAAGCUGAUAAUCUGUCAGAGCUGACACUGAAGCAACCCUGGAUGUUUAUUUCUGAGCUAAACGCAUGCACACCUGUACGUGUUGCGCAGAUUUUCUCAGAAAUUUGCUUUUUUAUUUAUUUUUUGUUUUUAAGGUUUAUUCCUGCAUAAAACAAGAAAAACAACUAAAACACAUUUAGUGAUUUUCAGUAAAACAUCGUUUACGCCAGGAGUCAGUGCCGUUCACACAAAGUUUAAACCGCUCUCCUUCUGUCCAGAACAGCAGUUUGAUGGGGCUGAUCCACCCGCUAUGACCCGCCGUCAAGCUCACGCACCGUGCACAGCUUCAGGUUGGAGAGGGGCACGGGGCGGGACGCCGCGCGGGACAGCUGAUUGUUCGUGCCAUUAACUUGGGUGCGUUUCCGUUUGCUUUUCAGACCACGCCCCCUUCACCUAGUAGUUUUCUCCUGUUAGCAUCCCAGAGAUGGUCCGGAGAGAUUCCUCAGGGAAGAAAAGAGUGCAAAUCAGCCGAGCGGGGAGCGCAGAACUGCCUCCUAAUUGCGCGUAAUCUUCCGUUUCAUCCACGAGAGCAGAGGAGGAAGAGCUUGUAAAUCAAGACGCGGCGCACAAGGAGCAAAAGACCCGCUUUAUCUUCGUCUUCUUGGUCUUUCUGUUGCAAUAGAACUCGUCUGACAUUUUGCUUGUUUUUGUCGUCAGCUGUUCACCUUGAUCCGGAGGACUGUCGCCAACUCAGCGCAGCGCCUCUCAUCCUGCGCUCCCCCUUUCAUCCUUUCUCACUGCUCUUCCUCUCGUCGAGUCGCUGACAUGAGGAGCAGCUAACCUCUGGAUGCUGACAGCUCCCCUUUCUUCCUUCCACAUGUCGCAUCUUUUGUUUACUUUGAGGGGGAAACCGCGCGCGUCUAAACACCAAGCGGUGUAGACCACGCCACUUUGCUCCUGUGACAGCGCUAUCAAAGAGGAGGGAAGGCAAAGAAAGAAGAAAAAGGGAAAGGAGGGAGCCAGGGAGAGGAGGAUAGAGUGAGUGAGAGAGAUAGAGACAGCGGGAAGGUGCGUUUUGAUGUUUGGCAUCCACGAGAGCAUCCAGAGGAGUGGGAGUAGUAUGAAAGAGGAGCCCAUGGUGGCCGGGAUGAACGCGGUUCGGACCUGGAUGCAGGGCGCCGGAGUGCUGGACGCCAACACAGCCGCCCAGAGCGGAGUGGGUCUCGCUCGGGCUCACUUCGAGAAGCAGCCGCCCUCCAACCUCCGCAAGUCCAACUUCUUCCACUUCGUCCUGGCUCUGUACGACCGGCAGGGCCAGCCGGUGGAGAUCGAGAGGACCACCUUCGUGGAUUUUGUAGAAAAAGAAAAGGAAACGACGGGAGAAAAGACCAACAAUGGGAUUCAUUACAGACUCCAGCUGCUCUACAGUAACGGGAUCCGAACAGAGCAGGACCUGUAUGUUCGCCUCAUCGACUCCAUGACUAAACAGGCGAUUGUUUAUGAGGGCCAGGAUAAAAACCCGGAGAUGUGCCGUGUUCUGUUGACCCAUGAGAUCAUGUGCAGCCGCUGCUGCGAUAAGAAAAGCUGUGGCAACAGGAACGAGACCCCAUCAGACCCCGUCAUCAUCGACAGGUUUUUCCUUAAGUUCUUCCUGAAGUGUAACCAGAACUGCCUGAAGAACGCAGGGAACCCUCGAGACAUGAGGCGCUUCCAGGUGGUCGUGUCGACUACUGUGAGCGUUGAGGGUCACGUCCUGGCUGUGUCAGACAACAUGUUUGUGCACAACAACUCCAAACACGGGCGCCGGGCUCGAAGGCUGGACCCGUCAGAAGGGACGCCGUCCUACCUGGAGCAUGCAACUCCCAGCAUCAAAGCCAUCAGUCCCAGUGAAGGCUGGACCACAGGGGGCGCAACGGUCAUCAUCAUAGGAGACAACUUCUUUGACGGCCUCCAAGUCAUUUUUGGAACCAUGCUAGUCUGGAGUGAGCUGAUCACUCCCCACGCCAUCCGCGUGCAGACUCCGCCCAGGCACAUCCCAGGGGUGGUGGAGGUCACGCUGUCCUACAAAUCCAAACAGUUCUGCAAAGGCACACCUGGACGCUUCAUCUACACAG